UAUGACGUAGCCCUUGGUCCCGUGACUGUUGGAACGGGCCCUUGGCAAAAACUACCUGACCUAUUGACGACGAGGACCCGGAGCGCCUGAUUAUCCGAGAUUUUCCAACACUAUGACCAAUCUGGCGAAAGUGCGCUCCACGUGACCGCACAAACGAUUUUAACGCACUAAGGCCUUCCGCUCUACAUAUUUUCCACACGAUCGCAACGAAGGUUGAGGAAGACAAGUCUUGUCGAGGCCUUCUUCAAAGAUGCAGAUCUUCGUCAAGACCCUCACGGGUAAGACUAUCACCCUCGAGGUGGAGUCUUCGGACACCAUCGACAAUGUCAAGUCCAAGAUCCAGGACAAGGAGGGAAUCCCCCCUGACCAGCAGCGUCUGAUCUUCGCUGGCAAGCAGCUCGAGGACGGCCGUACUCUUUCGGACUACAACAUCCAGAAGGAGUCCACCCUCCACCUCGUGCUCCGCCUGCGUGGUGGUGGUAAGAAGCGCAAGAAGAAGGUGUACACCACCCCCAAGAAGAUCAAGCACAAGCGCAAGAAGACCAAGCUUGCCGUCCUCAAGUACUACAAGGUUGAUGGCGAUGGCAAGAUCGAGCGUCUCCGCCGCGAGUGCCCCGCCCCCGAGUGUGGUGCUGGUGUCUUCAUGGCUGCUAUGCACAACCGUCAGUACUGUGGCAAGUGCCACCUCACCUAUGUCUUCGACGAGUCCAAAUAAGCGAUUUAAUCGCGGAUCACGCCGCCUUUCUUGUUACCGGUGAUGCAUAGUUUGAUAUCUAGGCAAUGACGGUGGAUUUAGAUGGGUGCAUGUGAGGUUGAGGAGCAUGGAAUACCAUAGUCCCGGUAGUGGCUUUGGAAAUG